AUGUAUAGUGACAACGGGCGAAACUUCGUGGGCGCCAGUAGAGUACUGCAAGAAGAAUAUCAAGAAAUAAUACAAAUAUUCAACGAAGAAUUCAAGAAAGAGAUAACAGACAUGGAGAUCACGUGGCAUUUCAAUGCCCCGUCCUGGCCAUCAGGAGGGGGAUUAUUUGAAGCCGCAGUCAAAAGCUUCAAAUACCAUUUUGAACGUGUAGUAGGCGAACAGAAACUCACCUUUGAAGAAUUCUAUACUUUGUUGACCCAAAUAGAAGCCUGCUUAAACUCAAGACCUCUAUGCGCCUUAUCAGAAGACCCAGAUAACCUGGACUUCCUAACACCGGCACAUUUCCUAACCGGCGGGCCUCUCUUAACAAUAGUCGAAACGGAAAGAGACAUGACAACAAGAUGGCAACUAACUCAAAAAAUAUAUCAAGACAUUUGGAAGCGGUGGCGCUCCGAAUAUCUGACUCAAUUAUCGUCAAGAAGCAAAUGGACACAACCAUCUGAAAACAUAAAUCUAAAUGACGUGGUGAUCAUUCAAGACGACGAUUCCAGGCAAGUGGAUCAUGGGCAGAGUCGUUGA